UAUUACAAAAGAAAGUUGAGAAGUAUAAACAUUCUUUAGUUUCAAGCAUUGUAGGUACCACCUACCAAAUCAAUAAGAUGGCAAUCAUAUAUGUACAGCUGUUGAACUUCUCCUUGAUUGCUAAACAUUGAAGGUCAGGUUUAUCUUUAAAAGACUAGCUAGGCAAGUGUGGACAAAAUCAAUUUGUUACCAAUAUGGAGUCUCUACGUAAGUCUUUGUUAAUUUUUGUUAUUGUGACGGUAAUGAUGCAGAAAUAUGCAAUGGCUGCCCAACAUGUUGUUGGUGGAAGCCAAGGAUGGGAUGAAUCUACUGAUUUCAAUGCCUGGGCUUCUGGUCAAACAUUCAAAGUUGGAGAUACACUAGUAUUUAGGUACAAUCCAGGCCUUCACAGUGUUGUAGAACUGGAAGGUGAUAGCCCAUACAAGAGUUGUGAUAUAAGCAGUUCAGUGAAUUCGAUGAGUGCUGGUAACGAUGUGGUUAAACUAAACAAGCCAGGGACUAGAUACUUUGCUUGUGGAACAGCAGGUCACUGUGAUCAGGGAAUGAGGCUUAAGAUCACAACUGUUACUGGAAGUGCACCUUCUAAUCAGGCAGCUUCUUCCACGCCCAGCUCCUCUUCUGCAACUUCUCCUUGUUUUUCCACCGCGUUCUUCACUUUCAUUGCUGCAAUUUUGACUGUACAAAUGGCUCUAGUAUUCCUGUUAUAAAAGACAUAUUUUUUGCUUUAUUGAUUCAAUAGUUUGAAUAAUGUCGUUCAUUUGUUUCUUCCCAGGAGAAGAAAGGUGUUAAGAUUUUGACAGCAAAAGAAAUAUAAGUGACUUGAAAGAUCAAUAUUUUAUUGAUCAUAAGAAA